AUGAAGACGAAACACGUGGCCUGUACCACCGAGCGGCAGUACCAAACGCAAACGCACAGUUUUGUUCGGGCGGAGAUUUCAGAUUUCGGCGGCAGUUGCUUCGCGCGCUCUCUCCGACCCCGCUCGCGCCGAAGCGUCGGGCUUUUCGGGUCAAAGGACACGUGUUUCAGUUUCGGACACGAAAUUCGGUUUGAAAAUGAACGAAAGACGAGGCUUAUCCAAUGGCGUUUCCUCGCGCGAAACGACGGAACUGUCACGCGCCAUUUUUGUCAACGCGAGACCGGGCGGGGCGUAACAACUGUGCAACACAAUCCAACUUCGCGGAUGCUUCCCAGGAAGGCCGCCGUCGAUGCCCUCAAGGGGGGCGAGGAGACGCUCGUGCUUCGGCGCGUGACCGUCCCACUCGCAUGCCUCACCGACGAGUCCCUGCGAGCCGCCGCCGACGCGGAGGGCGCGGUGUCCUGCGACGUGACCCUCGCCGGCGGCACGAUAACCGGCGUGGCCAUCCACGACCCGACGCCCCUGCCGGGCACGGGCCGGCUGGACGCCCGGGGCUCCAUGCUGUGGCCCGCGUUCGUCGACGCGCACACGCACCUGUGCAAAACGCACGCGGUCCCGCGGUGCCGCAACCCGUCGGGCAGCAUCAACGACGCGCUGGCGUGCGAGGUCACCGAUCAGCCGCGCUGGAUCGAGCCGGGCGACGUCGAGAGGCGGAUGGACUUCGCGCUGCGCUCGUGCCUCCACCACGGCACGCGCGCCGUGCGCACCCACCUCGACGGCACCAACGCACCGGACGCUGCCAUGAGGCAAAGGAUAUACGACGUCUUCGACGCCAAGCGCGCCGAGUACGAAUCGCGCGGGAUCGUGUUGCAGGGCGUGGCGAACCUCUACCUGCCGCUGUACGCGGAUGCGCCGGAGAUGGCGGCGAGGCACGCGGAGGACGCGGCGUCGCACGCCGGCGUCGUCCUCGGCGCGUACUGCGGCGACGUGAGCCACGGCGAACCGGGCGCGACGGACAAGCACCUGGACGCGCUCUUCGCGCUCGCGUUGAAGCACGGGCUCGACGUCGACCUCCACAUCGACGAAAACAACAACCCGGAUUGUUGCGGCGUUCGCGUGCUGUGCGGCGCCCUCGAACGCGCGCGCGAACGCGGGUACGACGGGUCCGUGGUGCUCGGGCACGUCACGUCGCUGGCGCUACAAACGACGGAGGUUCAGGCGGAGGUGGUCGCCAGGCUCGCGAAGCUCGCGCCCGUGCACGUGGUGUGCAACCCGUUCACCAACCUCGGUUUGCAGGACCGGCGGGGCACGGCGCCGCCCAUCGGGAAGCUCGUGGCGCGCGACGAACCCCGCACGCCGCUGUGGCGAGGGCUCACCUUGCUCCAGGAGCUCCGCGCGGCGAACGUGCCCGUGGCGGCGGCGAGCGAUAACGUCCGCGACUGGUGGCACCCCUACGGGGAUUACGAUCCGCUGCAGGUGUGGCGGGAAGCGGUGGCGAUGGGUCACCUCGACACGGCGCCGAGCGAGGGGGCGUGGGCGGAUCUGGUCACCGCCGCCGCCGCCGACGCGAUGGGCGUGGGCGGCGGCGUCAUCGCGGUGGGAGAGCCCGCGGACCUGGUGCUGUUUCCCGGCGCGAGGAGGUUCAGCGAGCUGCUCGCGAGGCCUCACCAUGACCGGGUGGUGGUCCGGCGAGGAAAAGCGACGGAGACAAAGUUGCCGGAUUUCUCCGAGCUCGACGACUUGGUAGACGGACGCGAGGCGGUCGUCGACACGUCGCAGGACAUCCUCCGCGGCGCGACGAAGAAGGAGUGA